UUUGAGAAUCUCAACCAUGCCCCUUUGAUUUGCACUGUUGUCCAAGUGGAACAUGCUGUGCAGAUGUAGGAUCUAUACAGCCCAUGCCUAAUGACAGUUCUUUCCUUACUGUAUCAAUAGAUAGACUAAAUCUAUAUAGGUUAUGGAACUGAUCUGAUGUUUUGUUACAUCAUUAUCAGGUAUGAGCCCAAAGUGUGCCUGAAGUUCGUAACAGAAAGGUCUACUCCAUUUUAAUCUAGGAUGUAAUGGUCCCGGUGUUAUAUAUUCUGCAGUGAAAUGACUUUAAAGCAACCCGACUGUUCUUUUUCUCUUUUCUGAAUGGGUUAAAAUUAAUGAUUUGUGGAAAAUGUAAGAGUUCUGGAAUACCGUGAACACGGAGCACUUAACUUGUGGCAACUAGUAUCUAUGGAGACGGAAAGAAACACGGACUCUUGAUUAAUACGCGUUGUAGAAAUGAAAUCCAGCUGUGUUGGUUCUGUUUACCAGUUAGCAUUAGCAGGUGACGUCCCGGGAAUACAAUCCAUUUUGCAAAACGAGCGCGACACAAAUCAAGAACGGCCUGAUUUGUUAUGGGAAAAGGAUGACAUUGGAAGAAAUGCUUUGUUUGCUGCGAGUAUGUUGGGACGAAGCAAUGUGGUUCGAGAACUUAUUGAACAAGGUGCUGAGGUGAAUACAUGGACAGUGAGGGGUUAUUCUCCAUUGCACUAUUCUGCCCUUUGGGGUCAACUUGAUACCCUGAAAACUUUGGUGGAGCUCGGUGCCGACAUUCAAGCUACAAACUUCCGUGGGGAACGGGCAAAGGAAGUUGCGUCUCGCUAUUCAAAAAUGGAUUGUGCUGACUAUCUUUCCUUGGCUGAGGCCAAACAGAGCUUGCAGUCAUAUAUCACAAUGGUUCGAGAAACCCUAGCAGAUCCAGAGAAACAUCAUGGGAAACUGAACAAGGAGGACAAGAAUGCCUGUAUUAACGCCUGCACAGCAAAGUCAGAUUGGAUCCUGAAUUCCAAAAACCCAACAACUCAAGAUUUCCGUGAUCAGAGAAAACAUCUUGAAGAUGUCCUCUCCCCUAUUAUGGCCAAGUUAACCCCUAAAGCUUCGGCAACCUCCCAACUGAGUAAGCAGUGAUGCAAAUCUGGAUGUUAAAGAUUAAUUGUCUCAAAAUUCUGCUAAAAAAACUGAAUGAACACGUCCAGAUGUCCUUACAUCCACACCAAAAUAAAGAAAUGUGUUUCCAAUUUUAACCAGU